UUUUCCAGAUCUUCCAAACAUCUCUUGAGUGAAAAAAUGGUGUUGUGGUGGGAGAAUUUAUAUCAGAAAUCUGGGAAAUUCCUCACUUCUCCCACCAUGAAACAACCCUUUCACUUGCUCGCCAUCCUCCUCCUCAGCCUCUGGCUUCCCCUUGCCUUCCUCCUCGUCGCCAGGCUCUCCUACGUCAACUACGUCUUGAACGCCACCGUGUCGGACCCUUCAACGCCGCCGCCGCCGUCUUUCCUCUGGUCUUUCUACUUCUACGCCAAUCCAGCUCUUAUCUAUUCACUCGUCACAUCCGUCAGCAUCGUCGCUCUUGCGCAUGGCUUGACUGGGAAACUCAGCUUCGUAACGGAUACUACCACUCAUCGUCGGCGGCCCCGUUUGUACAUUGCUUGGAUAGUUUUAUGCAUCGUGCAAGUCUCCGUCGGAUUGGGGAUCGAAGGAAGCGUAGCGGUAGGCGUCGACGGUGCCGGUUUUGGCGUUAAAAGGUGUUUUUUCAGUAGAAUGAUUUUCUUCUUGGGUUUGCAUGAGAUCAUGCUUGUUUGGUUCAGAACGGUGGUGAAACCGGUGGCGGAUGACUCGAUCUUCGGAUGUGCUAGUGAGGAGAGGUGGGUUCAUAGGACCGCCAUCGCGGUGGCGGCCGGUACACUGUGGUGGUGGAAGCUGAGGGAUGAAGUUGAGUCAUUGGUGAUUGUGGCGGAAGCUAAGAAGGAGAUGUCGACGGACAUUGAAAUGGCGGAUUUUCUAGGUUGGUGGAUAUAUUACUUGACCGUCACAAUCGGCAUGGUUAGGGUUGUUAAAGCUCUCCUUUGGCUUGGGAUUGUGUUGCUCCGUAGAAGGGGAAGAAGGGAGCACGUUGAUGAAAUAAUUAGCGAGGAAGAAGAAGAUGAAGAAAAGGUAUAAAAUGAGUUACAAAUAUUGAAAUUGGCCAGAUAAUAUCGAGUCAGUGAAGGCUUUCCUUUAUUGUGAAAAAAAGAAAGACG